AUGGGACUCGUGGCGGUCAAGGUGAAAGGUAAACCUCAGGGCAAGCCUCCCAAAGAGGAUAAGCUCUCCGGGCUAUUUGGUAAAAUCCAGGGCGCUGUUGCAGAAAUCGGAACCGAUCUCGGUCAGCGUAUAGGAACCGCACUCGAUCCACAGGCGUAUGCCGAAUAUGGACAGGUAAAGCCACAGACGCAGCACAGAUUCGGCAGUUUCGCCCCGGAUCGACAGGGCAACGACGUCAAGUGGUAUGUGGACGGGUGUACCUACUUCUACGCCGUUUCAAAGGCGCUAGAGAGCGCGCGAGAAUCAAUCUGGAUCUUAGAUUGGUGGCUUUCUCCCGAGCUUUACUUGAGACGACCUCCCACAAAGAAUGAGCAAUACCGACUGGAUCGGAUGCUGCAGUCAGCAGCGCAACGUGGGGUAAAGGUCAAUAUCAUCGUGUACAAGGAAGUCACUCAGGCAUUAACUCUCUCUUCUCAUCAUACCAAGCACUGCCUUGAAGAUCUCCACCCAAAUAUUGCCGUGUUCCGCCAUCCUGAUCAUCUGCCGGACCGUCAGAAUUUGGCUGACGAUAUCUCUACGUCUCUUCACAACUUGGCAUUGGAUGCGAAAAGUCUCGUCCAAAUGUCAGGAGAUGCCAUCAAAAACAUCUACGGCAUGCACGAUGAUGUUGUCCUCUACUGGGCACACCAUGAAAAGCUUUGCGUCAUCGAUGGCAGGAUUGCAUUCAUGGGAGGUCUAGAUAUGUGUUUUGGCCGCUGGGAUACAAACCAGCACGCACUCGCCGAUGUCCACCCGGAGGACGUAAACGAGAGCGUGUUCCCAGGCCAAGACUACAACAAUGCCAGGGUGCUCGAUUUCCAGGAUGUGGCCCAUUGGGAGAAGAAUCAGCUUGACCGAAAGACAUCCUCCCGCAUGGGUUGGUCGGAUAUCUCCGUGAGCUUGCACGGCCAUGUCGUGGAGGAUUUACGACGACACUUCAUCGAACGUUGGAACUUUAUCUACGAUACGAAGUAUGAUUCACGCAAAGAUGCGAGAUACUCCAGGCUCGCAUUGUACGGUCGUCCCAGCUCGUCAAACCGCCCACAGCAGCCAGGUGCUCAGCAACAGCAGAACGAGUUCACUCAGUACUCGAAUGUUCUUCGUGGUCAAUUGGCUGGCCAAGUCCAUCAGUACCAGGAUCGCCUGAGCUCAUUCGGACAUCCCUCCCAGCCUCGUGGAAAUAUGUGCUGUCAAAUUGUUCGUAGCUGCUCUAAGUGGAGCAACGGCACACCUACCGAACAUUCAAUUGCCGAUGCGUAUGCUGCGAUCAUCCGAAACAGUCAACACUUUGUGUAUAUCGAGAAUCAAUUUUUCAUUACAGCUACUGGUGACGCUCAGAAGCCGGUCAAGAACCAGAUCGGUGCUGCGAUUGUCGAGCGUAUUUUGCGGGCAGCGCGUGCCGGUGAGAAGUGGAAGAUGAUUGUGGUGAUUCCAUCGGUUCCCUGCUUUGCUGGUGAUCUGGCAGAUGACUCUUCACUCGGCACCCGGGCGAUUAUGGAGUUCCAGUACAACUGCAUCAACCGCGGGGGAAGCAGUAUCUUGGAGCUGGUUUCUGAUGCGGGAUACAACCCCAUGGAGUAUAUCCGGUUCUACAAUCUCCGUAACUACGACCGUAUCAAUGUCAGCGGUCCGCUCGUGCAAGCCGAGCAGAGAAGUGGUGUCGACUAUGAAGAUGCUCGCAAGCAGCACGACGUCAAUGUGGUUGGACAGGGUGGCUAUGGUCCAGGAGCUCCCGCUCCCCGUAGCGCAUUCGAUACCACGGCUCCUUUCCAGCAAUAUCAGCAGGGUGCUCGCCAGGUUCCUGGUGCCAAGACAGCCUCUGGACGAUGGAACAGUGUCAGCUCGUGCUACAUGCUUAAUGGAGAGGAUAUCCGUAACGUCCCUUGGGAUGGCCCUCCUGAGGCCGAGAUUGACGCAUUUGUCACUGAGGAACUCUACGUUCACUCGAAGGUCAUGAUUGCCGACGACCGCGUGGUUGUGUGCGGUUCUGCCAACUUGAACGACCGAUCUCAGCUUGGUGAUCACGAUUCUGAGAUUGCUAUUAUUAUUGAGGACUAUACUCCUCUGGAGUCCACCAUGAACGGCAAGCCCUGGACAGCUAGCCGUUUUGCAUCUUCCCUACGUCGCUACCUGUUCCGCAAGCACCUUGGUCUUCUACCGCCACAGGACUACGAGCGCCCCGAUGCUAAUUUCGAGCCGGUCGGUGUGCCUAACGAGUUCAACUUUGACGCUCCUGAGAGCCGGCUUGUGGCCGACCCAUUGGCGGAUACUCUUCAUAACCUGUGGAACAGCCGGGCGCACACGAACACUGAGGUAUUCCGCAAGGUGUUCCACUCAGUCCCAGAUGACUGCGUACGCAACUGGUCCACGUAUAAGGAAUUCUAUGGCUACUUCUUCGACAAGGCGGACAAGCAAGCGUACGGCGAAGAAAAGGAUUCGCCACCCUCCCGUUAUCGGUAUGGACACGUUGUGCGCGAUGACUUCCCGGGCGGUCCUGAGGGCGUUCGACAGGUCAAGGAGCUGCUCAGUAAGGUCAAGGGCACGCUGGUGGAGAUGCCAUUGAUGUUCUUGAUUGAAGAGGACGUUGCGAAGUCGGGAUUGGCAUUGAACGAUAUCACGGAGCCGAUUUACACAUGA